AGUAGGGCUGGGUUAUGCCCCAGAUGAAAAAAUUCGGUGCGUGAUUUUCACUCCACUGCUUCUUCUUCUUCUUCUCCUCUUUGCACUUCUCUUUUUCUUUGUCGUCUUCCCUUUGGAUCCCGCCGACAACCUCAUCACCGCCGGCACGACUCCUCCAUCGACCUCUUCCAAUUUCUUCCUCUUCGAGUUUCUUCCUCUUCGAUGCUAUUCAGCAGAUUGAGUUAUCGCAGCCUAUUCACGAUUCAUCGUCCUCUCAUUCAACAACCACUCCUCAACACCGUUUGUUGCAUUUUAAUUUUCGCUUUUACUCCAAGGAAAAAGGGUUGUAUUAGAUUAAAUUUGGGGACUUUUUGUAUUGGAAGGGCAGAGAAGAGAGGGAAAAUGGGUUUCAUCAUGGAAUUUGCGGAAAACUUGGUAUUGAAGUUGAUGGAAGACCCGAAGGAAAGAGAUCGGAGGUUCAGGGAGCACGUUUAUAGAGUGAAGGACAGGUGCGAGAAGACAAAAGAGAUGUGGAGCUACCCCAUGCGGCCCUAUGGUUUCUGGACAUUCGAACGCCACAAUUCUCAGCUUGCAUGGGAUGCCCAAAUUAGCCAAGUUCCUGGUAGGAGGGACCCUUAUGAUGAUCUCCUCCAACAUUACUCCGCCCCACCUAAAUGAGG